CUCCUCUAAGCCCCAACCCCAACAAACUGUCAGUCUGGCAUGUAAAUCGCGAGUAGCUGGACGGAACUCCAAUUCGAGAGUGAUCACUUCCAGCUGUUAGUUGCAGUUGGUCUAUGACAACGAACGAUCCCGGAGUGUGCAACGCAGUCUCGCAACUAUAGAGUCUCGUAACUUGCGUGUGCAUCUUUUUGAAUUUGUUGCAAAAUAUCUCUAAUAUCGGUUAGAUAAACGAUAUACCGAAGUCGUAUGUUAGUCUCCGUCGUCAUUGUCGUCGUCUACUUUUUCGUAGCGAUCAACGAACGCGUGUCUUGAGGCGAGAAGGUAUUUUCAAUAUGGAAACAUUUGAAUUUCUUACAUUUUUUUCUCAAGACAUAAAUCGGUGGUGAUAAAAAUUCCUAUAAAAAAGUUUUUUUCUUAAAUAAAAACAAAAAAUACGUAAACAAUCCAUUCAUUGUGCAAACAAUAAAGAAAGUAAAAUGACAUUGCACACAAGGUACAAUACAAUAGAAUGACACAAAAAAAGUGACGGAAAAACUAGCAGUUAAAGUGCUUGUAAUUACUACCGAAGAAGAUCCAUGAAAAAGAGCUUAAUAGAAACGAAAAAAAAAAAUUGAUUCAACAAUACAAAAAAGUGUGCAUAAUAGUUGGUCUUUGGUAACGUUUUUUUUUCUCCCAAGACCUUUCAAAAAACAAAAGAAAACACAAAAAAAAAAAAAACAAAAGAACAUCAAAAAAGCACAAACAAACUGUAAACAACAAAAAUAAAAACAAUGCUCAUUACACCGGCUAUGUACGAAAAUGAUUUACUCGUACUUUCUGCCUCUGACUAUAUUUGCAUGCAUACAUUCAACAACUGGCGUACAAUCUUUUCAGCAUUUAUCAAUGGCAGAGAAGCGAAAGUUUUCCAAUCAGGAUAAAUAUCAGACUCCUGAAAUCAUCGUUUCAGAUUGUGGUUCCCGGCCAGCUCGUCGACAACCCCGUUCAACCACCUACAACAACAACAACAAAGCCAAUCAAUUCUUCUACAAUGACCGUAUCCCAAAAAUCAUUGCCGGCUCUCCAACCAAAGAAGGCCAAUUUCCAUGGCAAGUAUCCCUCGAAUUACUCCAUCCAUCAAUGGGAUUCCUCGGCCAUUGGUGUGGUGGCGUACUAAUUCAUCAAUAUUGGAUUCUAUCGGCUGCACAUUGUGUACACAACGAUCUUUUCAAUUUGCCAUUGCCACCAUUAUGGACAGUGGUUCUGGGCGAAUAUAAUCGUGUUGUUGAAUCUGGCUACGAACAACGCAUACCAGUGGAAAAAAUCGUCCUCCACAAAAGCUAUCACAACUUUUUGCACGACCUUGUUCUCAUGAAACUCUCUGUACCUGCUGACUUGACCAAAAAGUCCAAUAUACGUCGCAUUUGCUUGCCUUUUAUAUUCGAUGAAAAUGUUCAAUCUAGCUUGGAGACAUCAUCGUCGUCGUCGCUUGAGGACCACGAUAAUGUUGACACCUGGAACACACUCGACAAAAUGGAUAACUUUUUGCGAAGUGUACAAACACGUCGUCAGCCUAAUAUAACUUUGCCCAGCAUGAAGGAGCUGCUGACAACAAAAAUUAUGAGCCGUCUAAGGAUUAGUAAUCAACAACAACGUGAACGCACUGGAAGGAUGCUCAAUCCACCAUCGAGGAGGCGCAAUGACAAAUUCAUGCGGGGCCACUUUGACGAUUACACCGAUUAUACUGAAACUGGCGGGGGGCCAAUGUCCUCCCAUGACAAUGAUGAAUCGGAACCAAAGCAUCCACCCCCACCGCAUCUGAUGGACGAGUAUAGAGAACUGCCGUUCAUUGAUUGCGUUGCCACAGGAUGGGGCAAAUCGAACAUUACUGGCGACUUAACGGAUAUACUCCUGAAGACAAAUGUACCGCUACAUCAUAACGGCAGAUGUAAGGACGCCUAUGGCAGUUUUGUGAAAAUUCACAGAGGACACUUGUGCGCUGGGAAACUGAACGGCAAGGGUGGGACGUGUGUGGGUGACUCUGGAGGACCACUCCAAUGUCGAGUCACAAAAAAUGGUCCCUGGAUUUUAGCUGGAAUAACGUCCUUUGGGUCGGGAUGUGCCCUCGAAGGAUUUCCCGACGUCUACACAAGGACUUCGUACUACAUGAAGUGGAUAAGUGAUACAAUACAAUCGGAAUAAGAUUUUUAUAUUUUUAUUUAUUUAUUUUUGUUAUAUUUUGUUAUUUAAUUUAUUUAUUUAUAUAUUUCUUAUUUAUUUUUAUAAAAGUACAAAUAUUA